AUGAACGUUUACAAUUUUCAGAAAGAUCAACUAGCACUGAAGAUUGUCCUGCCAGAAAAGCUCUCGAGCAUAGCCGUGGAUCCCAAGGGCGAUUAUUGCGCAGGCGGCACGUCGCAAGGGCGAAUGUAUUUCUGGGAGAUUGCUUCCGGCGUCAUGUACAACGCGUGGGAUGCCCACUAUCGCCAGGUGACCGUCCUCCGAUUUACGCACGACGGCUCUGCCCUACUAUCGGGCAGCAAAGACUCUGGUGUAAGCGUCUGGUCCGUGUCCAGAUUAUUGGAUGAAGAUCUACAGAACGAGCUCCCAACUCCCUAUUGCUCUCUUACAGACCAUACACUCCCUGUGACAGACGUUGUCUGUGGGGUUGGCCUCUUUCCGUCAUGCCGUGUCCUGACAGCAUCUGCCGACCAUUCUGUGAAGCUCUGGGAUCUUUCAUCGAAAUCGCUCCUCACGACGUUCGACUUCCCGCAACCUAUAUCAUGUCUCGCAUGGGAUGCGACAGAACGCCUCUUCUUGGCUGCGUCGGCCGACGGUUCAAUACACCAAGUCAACCUCUUCCGCCAGCGCGUGGACGAAUUCGAUCACGCGGCCGUGGAGGCCGUAGGGGGUGCUGGGGUGACCGACGUGAUUCGUAUCGACGACGAAGACCAGCACACUGCGAGAAAGCGGCUCAUUUCAGUCGGACAACCGGUGACGACGCUUUCGCUAUCUAUUACAUCGUCGCUCCUACUCGCGGGCACUGCAACGGGGCUCAUCCACAUCUACGACGUGACGUCGCAUCAACUACUCCGCACGCUGUCAACGCAUAAGGGGCUUGUCAUCACCCACCUCGCGACGCUCAUCCGGCCGUCAGAUCUUAUUGGCCAUAUAAGUUUGAGCAUGGCCGCAGGUGGGGAGGCGCGGGAUAGCGUGCCUGUGCGCACAGUUGCACCUUUUCAACGCAUGCGCGAUGCAAAAGCCAGAGAGGCCCAUGAGGUCGGCAUAAUCUUGCCUAUACAGAGUUCAACGAAAACCGAAGCAUUUUUCGAGUGCCCGAGGGAGGAACUGCUCCGAGACCACGCGUUCUUCGUGCAGUCUUCCAUUACAGGUGGUGGCGUAGAGCCUACUGGCGUGUCGCUGCAAUCUCGUGUCAACGAACUUGAAGACGAAGUUGUGAAACUGCGUGAGCAGCUCGGUAAGGCGAAGGGAGUGAACGACGUCAUUUGGGAGACGGUCGUACGGCAGAUGAUUGAGGAGUCGAAGGAGAAGGAGAAAGCGAAAGCAGUAUCACAAGCGGAUGCGCAACAAAACCAGGACGUGCAAAUGGAAGAAGACAGUGGGCGGAGGCGCAAAAGAGGACGAACAUGA